UCGUUUUCCUUUCUCCAUCGUACCGUGUUCGCCUCGCCUCGCCUCGAUGAUUAGUGUCUGAAAGGGGGGCCGAAACGCGUCUCGCCCUCGCCCGCUGUCCUCCCUCCUUGCCGCCCUCUUUGACCUCAGAAAUAAAUAAACGACUCGCCUCGUCCCAUUGCCCCUCUCCUCUCUGCCCUCAAAAAGAUCUCAGAAAUUCUAAAUUUCCCACCAUAAAUCCAUCCCAUUCUCUGUCGAUUUCUCUAGAUUGGACAUCAGAUCUCGCUCCUUCCUCACCGAUUUUAGGGUUUCGAUCCGUCUUCCUCAAGAUCGAGGGCUUCUUGAAUCCUGACGUCGGCUAGGUUUUCUUAUGUCCCUUCGAUCUCCGAGGGAUUCGAGGCUUUGAUGUCGAUUCCGGAGAAGACCGACGACGUCAUCGAGAUCCGGGAGGUGUGGGCGGACAACCUCGAGGCGGAGAUAGCCGUGAUUCGAGAGAUCGUCGACGAAUAUCCCUUUGUGGCCAUGGACACCGAGUUCCCCGGCGUCGCCAUGCAGGUCGCCUACGACAUCAAGAACAACGCCGAUCGAAACUACCAGAACCUCCGCGCCAACGUCGACGUCCUCCACCUCAUCCAGGUCGGCCUCUCCUUCUCCGACGCCGCUGGCAUCCUCCCGCCUUCCCCCUCCGGCGGCGGCCGCGGAUGCAUAUGGCAGUUCAACUUCCGGGAGUUCGACGUGGACCGGGAUGUUUGCAACCCCGACUCCGUUGAGCUUCUCCGCCGCUCCGGCAUUGACUUCAAGAAGAACCGGGAGCGGGGGGUUGACGCCCUCCGCUUCGCCGAGCUCCUCAUGUCGUCCGGGGUCGUGCUUAAUGAUUCGGUUCAGUGGAUCGCAUUCCAUGGCGCGUAUGACUUUGCGUACCUCCUCAAGAUCCUUACUUGCCGCAGGCUCCCGGAGACCAUGGGGGGGUUCCUCGAACUCGUCAGGAUUUUCUUUCCUGUAGUUUAUGACAUCAAGUACCUGCUGCGAUACUGUGACCAUCUUUACGGGGGGCUCAACAACGUCGCUGAGCAGCUGGAUGUUGUGCGAAUUGGGGUCUGCCACCAGGCAGGCUCCGACAGCUUGCUUACUGCUCGGGUCUUUUGGAGGUUGAAGGAGAAGCACUUUGAUGGGUCCAUUGAGAGAUAUUCUGGCUUGUUGUAUGGUCUUGAGACUUGACAGAAUAUUUGGGAAAAAAGGAAAAAUGUUAGAAAUAAGAUUUGAAUGAAUUUCACAAAAAAAAAAGAAGAAAAUAAAACAGUUUCCUUUGGUGAAUACAUGUUGGGGUGAUCUUUUCCUCAUCUGUUUGCUUA